UCUUCUUCAUGUCGGAAGAGGUUAUGCGGUAAAAGUUCCGUGCGGAUUUUUCACAACUAAUUUUUGUGCUCUACGUUGAAAAUCAACAAUCAGCCAAGAUGACGAUUGGCAAGAAUAAUAAGAUGCUACAGCAUAUUAACUAUAGAGUUAGGAUCAUCUUACAAGAUUCUAGAACAUUUAUAGGUACAUUCAAAGCUUUUGAUAAACAUAUGAAUCUGAUACUUGGUGAUUGUGAGGAGUUUCGCAAGAUCAAGCCGAAAAAUACGAAGCAACCGGAGAGAGAAGAAAAACGUGUGCUGGGUUUUGUGCUUCUCCGUGGCGAAAAUAUUGUUUCCUUGACUGUAGAGGGUCCACCGCCUCCCGAGGAAGGAUUGCCUAGAGUACCGAUCCCAGGAGCUGCACCAGGACCAGGUAUGGCUCGUGCUGCUGGCAGAGGUAUGCCUGCGAACGUUGCAGGUGUACCUGCAGGACUUCAGGGACCAGUCAGGGGUGUCGGAGGCCCAUCCCAACAAAUCAUGACACCUGGCAGUAGAGGUCAGGUCUCAGCACCACCUCAAAUACAUCCUGGUGGUCCACCACGUAUGCCAGUCGGUGGACCGCCACCAGGCAUGAUGGGACCACCAGCUGGAAUGAUGGGUAUGCCACCUGGAAUGCCACCUAUAGGACGUGGUGGUCCACCGAUGGGACCACCUGGCAUGAGAGGUCCUCCUCCAGGUUUGAUGCGCGGCGGCCCACCUCGCCCAUAUUAGUUGCUGGAUUAUUAAAAGAUAUUUCAUAAUAAUAUUGUUACACUCGAACAGACUUGCUCAAGUCAACCCGGCACGGGCGUAACAAUAUAAUUAAGGAUAAGAAAUUCUUUUGUAAUAUUAAUAUACCAUACUCUUCAAUCCUUAC